AUGGCCUCUCCAUUCGAAGGGAGGGAAGUCGAGUUGACACCAGAGCAGAAAGAACUGCACGCCAAAGUCGAGAAAUACGAGCCAUUUCUGCCUGAAAGUAUAGACCAGUGGAGACAGCUGCACCAUAUCAAGGGUCGCGGUGUCACACCCACCCAUCUUGCAUGGGCGUACCUCUCCGAUGUGUUCAAGCGACGAGGAUACGAGCUCUACGUACCUGGCCGUGAACGGGAGCUUCCCUUUAUAAAUGUAGGGGGCGAGACCAGGGAGUUCACUACAAUGGUGUAUCCUGCGGGAUAUGAAGACGCGCUCUUCUCUCCGGGAGGCAAGGGUCUUGAGGAUGAAUAUGGCGUCCUUGUACAACCUCGUUACAUUCGCGCAGUCUUUCCCGAUGCGCUGGUGUGGCCGGCAUCGAACAGUGCUGGCAAAGAGUUCUUCAUCAAGGUCAUCUCGGACGGGCAGAACGUCAAGGGCGUCAACGAGCUGCGUAUUCUCGAGUACCUCAACCACCCAGACAUCCGAUCCGACCCAAGGAACCGCACCGUUCCGGUGGUCGAGUACAUCAAGCACGAGCAAUAUACUUUCGCCGUUUUCGCCAGAUGGACGGACUUCCCCUACGAUGAGAUCAAGAUACCCAUGACAGCGAUCGAGAGCUGCACCCAGGUUACGGAGGGCCUGGCGUUCUUGCACGAGAAACGCAUUGCACACCUUGACAUCUCUAACGAGAACAUCAUGAUCAACUUCUUUGGGCCUGAACGUCUUGCCAUCGUCGUUGAGGACCUGCCCAUCAAGUACGGUCUCAUCGACUUCGGCGAGAGCCUCUUUUUCGAGGCGGCCGAUGCCGAGGCUUUGGCCCCUCCUCGGGAUUUUGCACCUCGGUUGACGAGCGCACCGGAGGUCAGCUCGAUGACACCCUACGAUCCUUUUGCGGCGGACGUGUAUAUGACCGGCAUGAUGUUUCUGGAGCAUUUUUAUGACCUGACAGGCUUCAGUCCCGAGUUCCUCUCCCUUCUCCAGUCCAUGACACGCGCUGAGCCCAGCGCUCGCAUUACCAUGGCCGAAGCGCACAGUCGCUUCGCCGCCUUACGUGACGCCUGGCUCAACGAUCCCGAUCCUUCAGUGGUCGAUGUCCGCGGCUGGCGGCCGAACAAGUACAGAAGGACGUACCUCAACGUCCGUCGCCCCUUUCCUGGUUCGAUGCCCAUGCCGGCGAACGACGAGGAAGCGAGGGCUUUGCGUCAGAAGAUGCGGGAGGACCGGCAGAACGAGAAGAAGUCGAUGGCGCGCUGGCCAACUCAUGCGCAUCUGCUGCACGUGGAUCCUGUUGACUAUACCCUGGGCUGUGUGCAUGGCAAUCAUGCCGCGUCAAUUCUUGAUUCGUGA